AUGGGUCAAGUCCUCAGUAACUGUGAAGUCACCCUCUGUGACGCUGAGAGAGUAUAGUCUUCUCAAACAAAGAGUCACAAGUCUUUGGCUCAUAUCGAGGCUGCAAAAGAUGAAGCCAUAUUUAAGGAGUUAGAGAAAUCACUAGGCUUAAGUCAGUUUAGUUUCCCUGAAAUUGAAGAUCAAUUAAAAACCUAGACAAAGUUUGGAGCUCUGACCAAACCUUAAGCACUAGAUGCCCUGAGAAGAGCAGGAGUUAUCAAGUCAAAGGAAGCAUAUGAAAUAUUCAACAAAUUCCUAAUAACUUUCGAAAAAACACAGGGAAACAUGAGAAUUAUAAUUCUAAACAAGCUAUUAACAAGCAUUCUACUACUGACUAAAGAUAGCUAACAAGAUAAAAUCAAUCAUCUAUUUGGAGUAUAUGCCGUUGGUGGAAGUUAGGGGGGUGUUGUCAAGAGAGUUAAUGUCCGAUAAAUUCUAGAUCACUUAUGUUUCACUGUAAUUUAUGCCAUCCCUAAUCUGGCAUAUCAUGCAUGUAUACCUGGAUUUGGAGCCACAACUCAAAAAUGCCAAAGAGUCAUGGAUGUUAAACUAGACAUGCAAAAGAAAGUGUAUAAUGACAAAUAAAACUUAUUUAAGGUGAUAAUGGGGUAGCACUAAGUCCUUAAUGCUGAAGAGUUCAAAUUAGCUAUGUUCAGCACUUACCUUUAAGGCAUCCUCUCAACCUAAGAAUUAAGACGACGGCUAAACCUUGAAUCCCCUAACAUAUCAGAGAAGCAAGACUCAUUUCCAGAGACAUAAAAUUCAUAAUUUCAAAGUCCUUUACUUGGUGGGAUGUAUUUAGGGUAGAAUAACCUGCUAUUUUAAGAUAAACUAAAACGUAGGGUGAAAUUCGCUGAUCAACAAAAUGCAUCUAAUUCUGAUGAAACAGAAGAACCCUCAAAUCAGCAAAGCAAAAAGAUAGUCUCAAGUUCAAGCACACCUGAGAUAUAAGGUUACUCUUAAACACUAGAAUAAGCCAAUGAACUCAACAAUUUGAUAGCCAUUAGCAGAAAGAAACUCUAUAAUUAAUCAAAAGCUAAGCAUCCUCUGGCCCUUAAGAAAAAUUCUUCAGCCAGUGCAAUAACUCCAAAUGAAAGUCUAGAUAUGACAACUCAGAUCUACAUUGGUGUUCUUAAAAGUAAACUUACAAGAGAAGAUGCUGAUUAUAGUAUGUAUUCUAAUAAUAAUGAAUCAACCAUGGUUUGA